AAGAACACUGCGGAGUGCCGAGUCAGCGUCCUAAGGCAGGAAGAUGAACCGGUCUUGUCCCCGACAAUCCAUUUCCAUCAAUUUCGCCCCUUCUUUUUACUCCUUCUCCAUUCGCGUUUCCUCUCAUUGCCUUCGUUUCCUUUUUUUUUUUUUCUCCUCUUUUUGUUUCUUUCCUUUCUCUCCACGGGUUCCCCGAAUAUAUUCCAACAGAAAUGCCGGCAACCGAGUGCCAAAGCUCCUUCUUGGGGCGACUCAGCAUCAGGCGGAACCAAGUCAUCACCAUGGAUGGUAACCACGACCAAGAACUUGAAGACCUAGAGCUCUUCCAAAAGCACGUUUCUGAUCGCUUCUCCGAACUCUUGUCUCCUCCGGAUGACGUCCCUGUUGAUGCCCUUCUCUCAAUUUCCUGGCUACGCAAACUUCUCGAUAUAUUUCUUUGCUGUGAAGCCGAAUUCAAGGCUAUUCUCAUGAUGGGCGAUGACCCGUCUCAGAUCUCCAAACCUCCUGUGGAUCGCUUUAUUCUUGAAUUUCUAGACCGGGCCGUGAAGGCUUUAGACCUUUGUAAUGCGGUUACCAACGGGGUGGAAUCAAUUAGACAUUGCCAAAAGGUGGCGGAGAUUGCUGUUUUAGCUUUGGACCGAAAACCCGUUGGGGACGGACAAGCGAGGAGAGCUAAAAAAGCCUUGAAUUCGUUGAUGUCAGCAAUGAACCUUGACGCUAAAGAAGGCAGCAAUACUAAAACGACCGAGAGGAGCUGGUCGUUUGGUCGCCGAGGUAGUAAUAAAGAUCGACUCCCGGGACAUUUCAGGUUACUUUCUUGGCAGGUGGCCAAGAAUUGGUCAGCGGCGAAACAGAUUCAGGCCAUGGCUACUAAUCUUGUUGUGCCCCGUGGAGCUGAAGCUUCCGGUUUGGUCUGCCCGGUUUAUAUAAUGAGCGUGGUUAUGGUUUUUGUUAUGUGGGCAUUGGUGGCCGCGAUACCUUGUCAGGAGAGGACCGGGUUGGCUACUCAUUUUCCAGUUCCGAAGCAAUUGAGCUGGGCUCAUAGCAUGAUUGGGUUACAAGAGAAAAUUGGUGAUGAGUGGAAGAAGAAGGAGAAGAAAGGGAUGGCUGGGUUGUUAGAGGAGAUGCAGAAAAUGGAGAAACUCGGACAGAGUCUGAUAGAGUUUACGGAUUCUUUUCAGUUUCCUGGAGAGACAGAGAAAGUGGAGGAAGCGGCUGCACAUGUGGCGGAAUUAGCGGAGACUUGCCGGAGAAUGGAAGAAGGAUUGCUGCCUUUGCAGAUGCAGAUUAGGGAAGUGUUUCAUAGGAUUGUAAGAACCAGAACUGAGUUUCUUCAUGUGUUGGACCAGGGUGGGAAAUCAUCUGUGCUACUCGUGUAACUGUGUUGGUCAUUUUUUCUCGGUCUGGGUCCAGACAGGGCCUUGAAGUUUACUAAUUUUUAGUUCAUGGUUUGAUCUUCUUAGGUUCAGUUCUCUUCAUGGUUGUCUUGUCUAUUUUGGCCCAUGAAGAUGGGACAGAUGAACCUGCAAGCAAGAUAUGGUUUUCCUUUUUUAAUUUAACACAGGCUUCAGCCACUAAGGUUGUGGUGAAGCAGCAAGCAUAUCCUGUGUGAAAUAUACCCAUUUUUUUUAGCUUUGCCCCUUUGUUUAAUAUGUCAACUUUUAUUUGAUUUGAGUGCUGAAGCUUUUCUUUUCAGGGAAAUGUAAAUAAUCAAACUACUAUUUGAAGGGGGAACUAAGAGUUUCUCACUUUGCUGAAAGUAAAUCUAUGUUGGAUUAACAUUUUCUUGUUCUCUUCUUCACCAGAGUUUUUUUUUAUCUUUCUUGGCCAAUUUGGAAAUGUGAAAAUGCAUAUUUCUCUGAGUUUUGGUACCUUCUUUAAUUGUCCUUUACAUAGAAAAAUCUAGUCUGCCAAACAAUAAAACAAUGUAUCAGUUUUCUUAUUUGAAGGAGAAUGGGCCAAGGCAAUCAGUUGAUUGGAUGCUGUUAUACAUAAAUAUAAAAACCUGAUAUUCAUAUGAGUUUUAGUCGGGAACCAUUUAAACAGAAGAAAACAAAACCUCAGACAAGGUUACCUAUGGAGAAUAGCUACAGCUGUUUGUUUGACAAUUGUUGGAUUCUAACUUGCAAGGUACGGUAGGAUCUAUAGAAUCUGCGUUUGCUUUUAACUUAUGCAGCAUU